GUUUCCUCGUAGGCCCGAAUUGGGGGGCUGCCCUGCUGUCGGGGAGCCCGGGUCCUAGCGCUCGGGACCCCCCGGAGGCGUGGGGGAGAGCACUCGCCUAUUUUGAAACUCUUUGGCAGUUCCUGGCCAUUGAAGUGGACCUAAGGCAGUGUAUGGUGUGGUGUGUGUGUCCUGAGUGGCUGGCAGAGGUGUGCCACAUUCUGACCGCUGGACCCCCAAGAGCAUCGGUACCCAGGGAAAGCUGGCACUGGCAGAGCAAUGGAUAGAUAACCCAUGACUUGGGCAGUGCGGACUUCUGUCUGGAUUGGAAAUAAUCUGCUUCAUCUUGAUUCUGCAGUAUUCCAAACUGGCAUCCUUGGGAUUCUCUUAACAUUGCUAUGGUGCAGAAGAUUUAAAAUCAGCCCCAAACUGUGCAAGCAGCGGCGACUCAACGGCUACGCCUUCUGUAUCAGACACGUUCUGGAGGAUAAGACUGCCCCCUUCAAGCAAUGUGAAUAUGUGGCCAAGUAUAACAGCCAACGCUGCACCAACCCCAUCCCCAAAUCAGAGGAUCGUAGGUACUGCAAUAGCCACUUGCAGGUACUCGGCUUUAUCCCGAAAAAAGAGAGGAAGAAAAAGAAUGAUCCUAUAGACGAGGUGAAGGUCAGGCAUCAGAUGGAUACCAUGGCCUUUAGCCUGACGGUGCCCACGUUGGCCUUGAAGAUGCCCAAUGGACUGGAUGGAAUGUCCCUCUCUCCACCUGGGGCCAGGGUCCCUCUCCACUACCUGGAAACGGAAUUGGAAGAUCCGUUUGCUUUCAACGAGGAGGAUGAUGACCUCAAGAAAGGGGCAACUGUGAAAAAGAAGUUGCAGAGUAAGUUGGCCCAGAAUCGGCAGCGACAGAGAGAGACAGAGAUUUUAAAAGUUCGACAAGAGCACUUUAGCCCCCCUCCUGCACCUUCUCCGCAGCAGCCUCCGCAGCAGCACUCCCACCUGUCACCUUUCUCCACUUUAAAGCCUCCAGCGCCACUGCAGGGUUUAGUCUGCAAGUCACCUCAACCUCAGAACACCAGCCUACCAAUGCAGGGAGUGGCCCCCACCACACACACUAUAGCACAAGCAAGGCAGUCGUCUCACAAGAGACCACCGCCUCUCCUGCCAUCCAGUAGGGCUCCAGUCACGGACCCGCCCAGAACUGACCGGGUCCUCAUGAAAGCCACCGCCUACUCGCCACCCUUCUCUUGUAUAAGUCGACUGCAGAGACUGGUGAAACUGUGCACCCAAAAACAUCAGUUGGACACUGAUCUGUUCCCCCAUUUAGGACUGGACUGGUCUGAAGAGAGUGGAGAGGAACUGGAAGACUCAGAGCAGGCCUCACCAUACCAGGUCGCAUGGUCCAUCCGAGAAACCCUCAGAUUUGAAAGAAAUGCGUCAGAUGAUGACGAUACAGGGAGUAGGAACUCCAGGGUGACCCAACUUUGCACUUACUUCCAGCAGAAAUACAAGCACCUCUGCCGCCUGGAGCGGGCAGAAUCUCGUCAAAAGAAAUGCCGGUACACGUUUAGGAAAGCCUUGCUGCAGGCGGCCAGUAGGGAGCCCGAGUGCACUGGUCAGCUAAUUCAAGAACUGCAGAGGGCUGCUUGUAGUCGAACCAGCAUAAGCCGGACCAAGUUGAGGGAGGUGGAGCCAGCAGCUUGCAGUGGGACAGUGAAGGGUGAACAGUGCACUAACAAAGCCCUUCCAUUCACCAGACAUUGUUUCCAACACAUCCUCUUGAACCGCUCUCAGCAGCUCUUCUCAAGUUGUACAGCCAAGUUUGCGGAUGGACAGCAAUGCGCUGUGCCCGUCUUUGACAUUACACACCAGACACCUCUGUGUGAAGAACAUGCCAAAAAAAUGGAUAAUUUCUUGAGAGGAGAUAGCUCCCGUAAAGUUCAGCACCAGCAGCAGAGGAAACCCAGGAAAAAAACCAAGCCUCCUGCACUUACCAAAAAGCAUAAGAAGAAGAGACGGCGUGGACCCCGUCGGCCCCAAAAGCCCAUCCCCCCUGCUGUCCCCCAAGGGAACCUCAGCAUGCCCACCAGCGUCUCACUGCCAGUGGAGGCCUCUCAGAUCCGCAGUCCGUCCACACCAGAGCUGAGUGCUGACGAGUUGCCGGAUGACAUUGCCAAUGAGAUCACUGACAUUCCACAUGACUUGGAAUUGAACCACGAAGACUUUUCAGAUGUCCUGCCACGGCUACCUGAUGACUUGCAGGAUUUUGAUUUUUUUGAAGGAAAGAACGGAGACCUCCUCCCUACUACCGAAGAGGCUGAGGAACUCGAACGGGCCUUGCAGGCAGUAACCUCUCUCGAGUGCCUGAGUACCAUUGGGGUACUUACACAGUCAGACGGAGUGCCAGUCCAGGAGUUGUCAGAUAGAGGAAUAGGGGUGUUCUCCACAGGUACUGGAGCUUCAGGGAUUCAGUCCUUGAGCCGAGAAGUCAACACAGACCUCGGGGAGCUGUUGAAUGGGCGGAUCGUACAUGAUAAUUUUUCUAGUCUUGAGCUAGAUGAGAACCUGCUCCAUUCUGCUACCAUGUCUAACCCACCCACACCCCUGGCAGGGCAGAUCCAAGGGCAGUUCUCUGCCCCAGCCAACGUUGGCCUUACUUCUGCCACUCUGAUCAGCCAGAGUGCACUUGGGGAGAGAGCCUUCCCAGGACAGUUUCAUGGACUUCAUGAUGGCAGCCAUGCCUCCCAGAGGCCACAUCCUGCCCAGCUGCUGAGCAAGGCAGAUGACCUAAUCACCUCACGACAGCAAUACAGCAGUGAUCAUUCACACUCCUCACCCCAUGGAAGCCAUUAUGAUAGCGAGCACGUGCCGUCUCCCUACAGUGACCAUAUCACCUCUCCUCACACAACAUCUUACUCUGGUGACAAUAUGGCAGCUACCUUCUCAGCAGAGAUGCCCAUCAUGACACAGCAUUUGCUCCCAACUCAACUCGAGAUGCCGCUUGAAGGCGUGGUAAACCCCAGAACUCACUGGGGUAAUCUCCCCGUCAACCUUGGAGAUGCCUCUCCGUUCAGCAACCUCCUUGGCGCAGAUGGACAUCUCCUCUCCACUUCCCUCUCCACACCGCCCACCACUUCAAACUCAGAGACCACACAGCCUGCCUUCGCCACCGUGACCCCCAACAGCUCCAGCGUGCUUCCGGGGUUACCGCAGACCAGCUUCAGUGGCAUGGGGCCUUCUGCUGAACUAAUGGCCUCCACCUCUCCCAAGCAGCAACUCCCUCAGUUCAGCGCAGCCUUUGGCCACCAGCUGAGUUCUCACAGUGGCAUUCCUAAGGACCUGCAGCCCAGCCACAGCUCUAUAGCCCCUCCGACAGGCUUCACAGUAACAGGUGCCACAGCUACAAGUACCAAUAAUGCAUCUUCUCCCUUUACCUCCCCUAACUGAGCGUGUCUGUGUGUUUGCAGGCAGGUGGGGAACCUGGUGUUUUUCUAUCUUUGUUUCCUCUUUAUCACCCUCCCCCUUUUUCCUAAAGAAGAUUAAAAAACAAAAAACAAACAAACAAAAAACCAGACGGGGACUAGAGGGGAACUCUCUUUUCCAGUUAAGCAAGUCACCCUGCUGUGGACCUUGCUUCAGUGUUCACAUGUGCUCCUUUGCACUGGUGCUCAUUCCCUCCUAGCAGGUUCACUGUACCCCAGUGGUUUCCUUAGUGGUUCAGCACAGUGACUGGCUAGAAUUGAUUUUUAGCAGCAAGUCCUAGAAGUGGAAGAUACCUCAGAUUACCAGUGCCCUUUACUAUUUCCUAGUUUUCAGAUCAACGCUUUCCAUUCUGUCGCUAGAUCUUUACAUAGGUGGUUCUAGAUAGAAUGAUCCUGCUACUUGAGUUCCUGUGUAAGAGAUAGAAAAUGGUGUGGAGUGUAAGAUCAAGGCUCUGCCUUUAGCACCAACUGCUAAACACCACAUGAGGCCAGGAUUCCAUUCCUAAUUGUGAUCAUGUUUCAUUGAAAAAAAAAAAAUUAAAGUCUUUUGACCGCCGGUGUGUAUGUGUGCACUCACGUGUGUGUUUUUGUGCAGGGCAGGGAGCAGCUGUCCCAUGAUUGUCUUUUUUUCUUUCUCUCUUUCUUUCUUUCUUUCUUUCUUUUUCUUUCCGUAAUGAGUGUAAGGAUUUUAUUUCUUGUCUCCACAUCUCACAGUCCUAGUAAAGUUGGCUGCUCUUUCCCAGUGGUUUAACCAAGUUUCCUGAAUAGAGAGAGGGGGAUCGCCUGGUUGUGACUGGCACAACUCUUUUCUGUGGGGUUAGCCUGGGGAGAAAAGCCCACAAAGCUGACUUGAUGGCAGUGCUGUGGGCAUGUGAAAUGACUGCAAGAUUGCUGGAAUCCUGAGGCCUGGUAGUUCUGUUGCCUUUUCAGAUAUGCAUUUGUCUCCAAAUCCCCUUCUCACGGAAUACAUUCACAAGAUGUAAUCAAAACAUUUUGAUGUGAAAAGCCAACUAGGUCAGAUGGAUUUUGAAAGACGGGAUCUGUGAACUCCUUGAUCCAUCUUUUGCUUUUGAAUUUUCCAUGUUUACAGUAGUGAUUCUUUGGUAAAAUUUGUAAAAUGUUGAAGACUUGUGGAAUCAUUGUAACAGUUGUGAAGUAAUGUGUAAUAUUUGAAGGAUAAACAUUUUAAUGUUUCUUUCAAAGCAGAAUCUAGAAAUUAGACAAACUUUACCCACCCUUCGGUACUUUUAAAAUAAAUUUUAAGUACUUUAGGCAUACGUUGGGGGAAUUUUAAGUACCAGAAUUUUAGGGUUAAAAACCAUAUUGAAUAGUUUAGUAAGUAAGUGGGUGACUAUGAAAUGAAUAUGUGAGGUUUCUUUUUACUUGCCUUUGCCCCAAAACUCCCUCCUCCAGAGGCAACUGUCCUCUGCUUUUGCUGAGAAGUUUCACUGUCUCCCAAGAUACCAUUGGCUAUUUAUACCUGAGUCUAGUCUAAUUAACAGAUAUAUUUUAAGAGAUAAGUAGAAAGAACAUAUCUAUUAAUGAUGUGAUAUAAUAAUUCAUUUGUCAGGGAAUAGUUGAUCUUUAUUCCUUUUCCAUAGGUAAAGAUUUGGAUGUAUUUUCCUACUUCCUAUAUGUAUUCUCCUUAUGCCAGGCUAAUUCCACCUAGUCCCUUCUCUUGAAAGCUUUUCCUUCUCUGCUUUUUAAAGGGAUUAUGAUGUUCAGCAGGCAUUAUGCAGAAACCAUGUGCCUGAGGUUAUAGAGGGGAAAUGUCACAUGUCUGUAUGAAAUCAUUAUGCCCUAUUUUGUAUUUAUUGAAGUUUCUUUUUGUGGGCCAAAAAUAUGUUUGUAAUAUAUUUAGGUUUUUUUUUUUUAAUCAUGAUAAUUGAUUGGAAGAUUUAUUUUUAAUAGCUUUGCCUUUUUUGAAGAUUGUGAACUUUCUAAAUUAUAAAUUAUGUCACAAAGCAAACUUAUAUUUGCUAUCUCCAUAAAUUUCUAUUCUGACUGGUGAGAACAGCUAAUUUGAAUAGCUCACCUGUGAACAGCUGUUAGUAAGCUUUUUUAUCUUACUAUAAUGUCAUGAAACAAUUAUAAGUAGUUUCCUCUGCUCAAACAUGCCAUUUAGUUUGCUCAACUGUUUCACAUCCCAUUGUAAUCAUCACUGAAUAAUUGUCCACUCACAAUUAUUUUAUUUAGUCUAUAUUAUGUAUUAAUUAAAGAUUAUAACAGAGCAGCACAUUGACUUUCUUAUCAGCUCUUCUUUGACAGCAAAAGGAAAGUCAUGGGUAGUCAGUUUCAACUUCUCUGUUUUUGUUUUCUGGGUAUUUGUGCCUCAUAGUCGCUGCUUAAAAUUCUUCAGUAAUCAAAAUUGAGUUUGCAGCUAGUUGCACAUUUUGUUAUUUGUAAUUUUCUGUUCCGUGUGCAAAGAAAAGCCCUUUUCUGCUUUCUAGUAAGGAGGCUUGAAAUGAUCAGGAAUGUUGCCAGUUAUAGCUUCACACCAAAAACUUUGAGUAAAUUCAUUUUUGUUUAGAUGCCCACAGAUAGAUAGUAGCUGAAGGGAGAGGAGCCUGUGGACAGUACCAGUAGAUAUUUAAAGAAUUAGCCAAGACUUGAGUUUUCCUCUCACUUAUCUGCUUCAAAACAAAUAUUUGAGAUUGCAAUUUGCUUUGCUCUUGCCAUGUCAUGGAAUUCCCUUUUUGGAAAAGAGAAGAACUUCUGUGAAUCCAGAGAUAGCCAUUGUAUAUAUUUUUUUUCCUAACUGACAGAGCACUUCUGGUUUACUAGUUGUCAGUGCAGUUCAGAUAUAAAGAGAAGAAUGAAGUGACUUUUUAAUCCUGAGAUAUGAACAUUAGUGUCUUUUUUAAAACUAGUACUAGGCUAUGUAAUGCAAUGCUGGAAUCAAAAGCAAAAUUUAUAUCAAGUUCCAGUUAGGUAAAAACCAGCUUCUAUUCUAAUGUUAAACUCGUGAGAGAUAUCGACAGGAGCUUCACUCUGUUUCUGCUGUUCUUUGGGACCAUAAACACAGGCCAGUUAGAUUGUUGAUGUUAAUGUGAUUUAAUUUUUCAGAGUUGUUGCAGUUAGUCGGUAGAUCCUGUGCCCUGAGAAUCUGAAUUCCAUUCUAAUGUGUGCUCGCUGACUGAGCUAUACAGCAUUGGAAGAAAAGAGGUUUUUCUCUCCUUUUCUGUCUACGUAAUUGUUAAUAGAAUUUGAGUCAAAGUACUUAAGACAUUUUUUUCCUCUGUAGAGACAGCUUAGUAAUUUGCACAUCUGGGUAGGUUCUACAGCUAGUAAACAAUUCACAAUAAUAAGUAGCAAUUACAUUUAGCCCACCAAGUGACAGACAAUGCAAUGGAAUUUUUUUUUCUAAUUAUUGCCAUAUAACUUAUAUAGUAAAUGAUUAUUUUCUCUACUAACCUACCAUGUGAGCUAUUACUGCUUUAGAAAUGACUUCCUGAGCAGUUCCAUGUUGGCAGGUGGUGUGGUGUAUCUAAUGUCCCCCCACAAAAAGGUAAUUAUUUAAUGUGAAGCAGACAGUAGGUAUGGAGAUUAAAUGGGAGAAUGGUCUUUAUUCCUUUUCCUUAAAGUCUAAUUACUGUCUUGAGGCUAAGGAAAGCUAAUACUUUAUCUCCGCCAAGUAAUUAUUUAUGAUAGCUUUGCCCUUUUUGAAGACUGCCCAAUUUCUCAAUUGUAAGUUAAGAAUCAAUGUUUUCCAUGACAAACACUAAAGUGGGUUUUUUUGUUUUUUUUGUUUUGUUGUUGUUAUCAGAGUUGGUUCUCAGUCCAUGUUCACAAUGCAUAGUGGCAGAAAGGAACUGAUGUCAGAUACACACAGCUGCCAUGUACAAAUUUUCUUCUGGGAGUCGGGUGGUAGCGCAGCGGGUUAAGCGCAGGUGGCACAAAGCGCAAAGACCAGCAUAAGGAUCCCGGUUCAAGCCCCCGGCUCCCCACCUGCAGGGGAGUCGCUUCACAGGCGGUGAAGCAGGUCUGCAGGUGUCUGUCUUUCUCUCCCCCUCUCUGUCUUCCCCUCCUCUCUCCAUUUCUCUCUGUCCUAUCCAACAUCAAUAACACCAAUAACUACAACAAUAAAACAACAAGGGCAAC